GGGCCUAUUGUUAAUUUCUAAGUUGAAGGCCCACUUUACCAGAAAGCUCAUUUUGCUUGCUUGCAAGAACUCAGGGAGAAGAAGAUCCAUAAACUUUCUGUGAGUCCAUUUCAUUCUCUGAGCACAAUAAGAAUAAUAUUGCCUUAGCAGUUAGCACCCCUUCUUCCAUUUUCUAAACCCUCUCAGAACCCCUCAUCCUCAAAUCCUUCUCAACCUGAAAACCAAAGCAAUGGCUCUCUCAAAACCCACCUUCCUCACUCACCUGAGAACCCUAGCCAAGCCCCCCAACUGCCACCACCCAACCCCACCACCCUCCUUCAUCUCCCUUCGAUUUCUCUCCUUCGCCACCCCAGAAGAAGCCGCCGCCGAACGACGUCGUCGCAAGCGCCGCCUCCGCAUCGAGCCCCCUCUCUCCUCCCUCCACCGCAACCAGCAACAACAGCAACAACAACAACCCCCAAAACCCCAACAAAACCCUAACGCCCCGAAACUCCCCGAGCCCGUUUCGGCUCUCUCCGGCAACCGCCUCAACCUCCACAACCGCAUUCUCACUCUCGUCCGCCAAAACGACCUCGAGGAGGCCGCGCUCUACACUCGCCAUUCCAUCUAUUCCAAUUGCCGGCCCACCAUUUUCACAGUCAACUCUGUGCUUACCGCUCAGCUUCGCCAGUCCAAGUACUCUGACCUCUUGUCCCUUCACCGCUUCAUCACCCAGGCCGGCGUUGCCCCCAAUAUCAUCACUCACAAUCUCAUCUUUCAGACUUAUUUGGAUUGCCGCAAGCCCGAUACUGCUAUGGAAAACUACAAGCAGUUGAUCAAUGACGCCCCUUUCAACCCUUCCCCAACUACUUACCGGAUUUUGAUCAAAGGUUUGGUGGAUAACAACAAGCUGGACAGGGCUAUGGAGCUCAAAGAGGAAAUUGAUGUCAAGGGUUUUGCGCCGGACCCUGUUGUUUAUCAUUAUUUGAUGGUGGGCUGUGUGAAGAAUUCGGAUUCGGAUGGAGUUUUUAAGCUUUACGAGGAGUUGAAGGAGAAGUUGGGAGGGGUUGUAGAAGAUGGGAUUGUCUAUGGGAACUUGAUGAAGGGGUAUUUCAUGAGAGGGAUGGAGAAGGAGGCCAUGGAGUGUUAUGAGGAAGCUUUGGGGGAGAGUUCCAAGGUGAAGAUGAGUGCUGUGGCCUAUAAUUCGGUUUUGGAUGCCUUGAGCAAGAAUGGUAAGUUUGAUGAGGCCUUGAGGUUGUUUGAUAGGAUGGUCACCGAGCAUAACCCGCCGAGGCGUUUGGCUGUGAAUUUGGGAAGCUUUAAUGUGAUGGCGGACGGGUAUUGCGCGCAGGGGAGGUUUAAGGAAGCCAUUGAGGUUUUCAGGAAGAUGGGAGAUUAUAGGUGUAGUCCGGACACCUUGUCAUUCAAUAAUUUGAUUGAGCAAUUGUGCAAGAAUGGGAUGCUGAGUGAAGCUGAGGAGCUUUAUGGAGAAAUGAGCGACAAGGGAGUGAACCCGGAUGAAUUUACAUAUGUUUUGUUGAUGGAUACUUGUUUUGAGAAGAAUAGGGCUGAUGAUGCAGCUGAGUACUUUAGAAAAAUGGUUGAUGCCAAACUGAGGCCAAACUUGGCUGUUUAUAAUAGGUUGGUCGAUGGAUUAAUUAAGGUAGGGAAGGUUGAUGAGGCAAAAUCGUUUUUUGAUUUGAUGGUGAAGAAGCUCAAGAUGGAUAUUCCGAGCUAUCAGUUUAUAAUGAAGACAUUGAGUGAGGCAGGGAAAUUGGAUGAGGUGCUUAAUGUGGUCGAUACCAUGUUGGAUGAUGAUGGGGUUGAAUUUAAUGAGGAGUUGCAGGAGUUUGUUAAAGGGGAGCUGAGAAAGGAGGGGAGAGAGGAUGAAGUGGGGAAGCUUAUGGAGGAGAAGGAAAGGCAGAAGGCUGAAGCUAAGGCUAAGGAGGCUGAGGCAGCAGAAGCAGCAAAGAGAAGUGCAAGAGCUGCUGUGUCCUCCUUACUUCCUGCCAAGUUGUUUGGGAAUAAAGAAUCUGAGACAGGGUCUACGCAGGCCACUGAAAAUGCAGGUAAAGCUGCCUCGACACAACCUGCAGAGGCUGCCACAGUGAGUGGAGAUGCACAAGCUGGUCAGGAAGAGCAUGGCGGAGAAGGUGGUGAAAAUUCAGCUCAGGUAGAAUCCAAAAGUGAUGGUGCAACUGAGCAGGUAUUGGCCUGAUUGUAGAUCUCUGGUGAAAGUUAUUCCAUAGCUCUAGCUAAAUAUGUAAUCAGGGUUGUUGGAAAUGGCCGUAGAUCAUUUCUCUAAAUUGGAAUUAGUGGGUCUAUGAUAUUGAGGCUUACCGAACUUGGUUGAACUCCCACUGUAGAAGCAAGUAUUUGAGUUGUAUGAACAGUUGCUUUCAAACAAAUUUUAUAAGCCAUGUCCUUGGAUUGUAUUAAUGGGAAAAAUUUGAUUGGUAUCCACAUGAGAUUCUUUUUUUGCUGCUA